ACUCACUUCUUCCAAAAGCUUUUGGCAACACAACUGAUCAUCUUCAUCAAAACAAAACAAAAAAUGAGAAGGAAAAUUUGCCCACAUGGUGAUGAGAAUGUGAAGAAGAAAAAUUAUUAUAGGGUGUGUAACAAGCUAGAGAGAAAGAAAGCCAGGAUACACACAAAUAUACAUAUUUGAUAUCAAAUCUCAAUCAUGCCAGUGGCCAUAACCCAAUGUUCACAGAGGCUAGGAGGCCUCAUAUUUGAACUAGGCCUAAAUUUCGUUAUCUUUUUAGGGAUGGUGAUUGCAUGCAAUGCUUUGCAUUACAUACUAAGGCCUUUUUCACAACCUCGCAUUGCUACUGACAUAAUUGUAGGACUAAUUCUGGGCAAUGUAUCAUUUUUACGUGGCCCAUAUGACAAGUUCAACAAAACCUUUGGAUUUAUCAUUGAUUUUGGCAUGGUGUGUUACAUGUUUGCUUUGGGUAUAGAAAUGGAUCCUUACAUACUCCUUAAAAGACCAACAAAGGAUGCACAAGUUUCUUUUGCAGGAAUCAUCACCACAUUCUUCCUUGCAUGUUUCACAUCCCCCCUUCUCUAUUACUUCUCAGAUCAACACGGUAUACAAUUCACCCUGGCCUUCUCAACUCUCCUCUCUAGUACAGCGUCACCGGUUCUCACACGCCUAAUAACACGCCUCAAGAUAGGGAAAUCAGAUAUCGGGAAGCUUGUCAUAGGAGCAGGGAUGUACUCAGAUUUUAUAUGCUCUUUUCUUCUCUCAGUUGGCUACAUUUCCAUGCCAUUGGACACAAUGUGCACUCCUUAUGCAGAGAAGAAUCGCAUUCAGAAGUCAAUCAAAAUGGGGCUUGCUGUUCUUUUUCAGACUGUGUUCACAGCGCUGGUGUCACCAAUAUUCAUCAACUGGGUUAACAAUGAGAACCCUGAAGGGAAACCCAUGAAAGGUUCACACUUGGUGCUGUCAAUUGCCUUUAUGGUCAUGAUUUGUGCCUCCUCAACUCUAUACGCUUACACUCCAAUUCUAAGUGCAUUCAUGACAGGGAUAUGGUUUCCCAGGGAGGGAAGAGUUUCCAAAUGGGUUAUCAGCAAAAUUAACUACAUGCUAACCACCCUUUUCUUUCCCAUAUUUUUCUUGUGGAUGGGGUAUGCAGCUGAUUUCAGGCAGUUCCAUCCUGGAGAAAAGGACACAUGGAUAAGAUUGUUUGCAUCCAUUGGAAUAGUAAUAGGAGGUAAAGUUGUUGGAACAGUUGUUUAUGGGGCUAUUCUUGGCUUUCACUGGCCUGAAUCAAUUGCAAUAGGAUUGCUUCUCACCAUCAAGGGACAUUUUCAUAUCUACAUGGCUAUCAAAGUGAUUGGUUGUGGCACCAGCACUUCUUCCGGCAUUGGAUUGAUUAUUGCAAUAUUUUUCACAGUUGUGCAUGCCCCCAGUGUUGUGGCACACAUCAUCAAACGUGCCAGGAAAAGGGCACCUACUCACCGCAUGGCCCUCCAAUUGCUUGAUCCAUCAAGUGAGCUAAGGAUACUCCUGUGUCUUCAUGGACUUGAAAACGUUCCUGCUUCCAUCAACUUAAUGGAGAUCUCAAGAGGGAUAGCAGACCCUGGCAUUCUGGUUUACGUCACAGAAAUGAUUGAACUAACUGAUCAAUUAACAGCCACAGCAGAGAAGGGUGAAGGAGUAGAAGCAACAACUGUAAAAGACAAGGCAGUCAUUGACAUGAGGGACCAAAUAACAAGCUUAUUUCAAGCCUAUGUUGAUGAGGAUGGUGAUGGAAUCACACUCAAAAGAACAGUGGCAGUGUCAACAAUCAAUAACAUGGCACAGGACAUCUGCAAUUUGGCAGAGGAUUUGAUGAUGGCCCUCAUCAUAUUACCCUUCCACCGGACCCAGCGCCAAGAUGGAAAACUGGAUGGUGGCCAUCAAGGUUUCCGAUACGUGAACCGAAAGUUAUUGAGGAAUGCUCCUUGUUCCGUGGGGAUUCUAGUGAACAGAGGCUUAGGAUCCAUUUCAAAGAUAUCAAGAUCUCAGGUACCGCUCAAUGUGGCAACAAUAUUCAUAGGUGGCAAAGAUGACAGAGAAGCACUUGUUUAUGCCAGUCGAGUAGCGCAGCACCCGGGAGUGAAGCUUACAGUUAUAAGAUUCCUGGUAGAUACCAGUGCAGAAUCAUCAAGAAUAGCAGCUUACAGGGUUACCCUACCAGAAGAGGAUGAGUCGGGGCUGGAUGAUGAAUGCUUUGCACAGUUCUAUGAGAGACAUGUAGUUGGAGGUCGAAUUUCCUAUACAGAGAAACAUCUUGCUAAUGCAGCUGAGACCUUCACUACUCUUAGAUCAUUUGAAGGACAAUACUCACUGGUCAUUGUAGGAAGAGAAGGUGGGGUGAAUUCUAUAUUGACAAAGGGUAUGAAUGACUGGCAACAGUGUCCAGAACUGGGACCAAUAGGGGAUGUUCUAUCAGGACCAGAUUUCUCAAAGACUGUCUCAGUGUUAAUAAUACAACAACACAAAAUUAAAGGAGAACUAGAUGGGCUUGAUGAUGAGUUCUCCAUCAUGUAGGAGUGUAGAUGGAUAGGUAGAGUAGAUGUAGAUACUAAUUUGUAGCAAGGAAACAGAAAAUUGCUAGAACUGCUUUGUGCAAAUUGUAAAGAUAAAUGAAAUUUGACACAAUUCUUAUCAUGCUGACUUCAACUAAGAAUGAG